AUGAAGUUAAAUUUCUAUCUGGGAUUCCUCCAAUUUUGCUUUGUAUUUUCUCAACCUACUUGGAGUACUAUUUACUCUCUAUUACCAGGUUUAAAUGGAACAGAUAGUAUUAUUCAAAUUUUCUAAUUAGGUUGGUUUAAAAAUCAUUUAUAUGGUGGCCCAAUAAGUAGUUGUAGUGGUUAUGACUCAUUUGGAGGGCGCCGUGUAUUUGGUCCAAAUACCUUAAUUUCUUUAAAUCUUAAACUUCCACCACAUUAUUCAGUAAGAAUCUCAUUCGCAUUUUUGAGGUAUAAAAUAAGUUUUCAUUAAAAUUGAAUGUUGGAAUGGUGAAUCUUUCUAAUUAAUAUACGAUAAUGAUGCCGAAAUAGAUAAGUUUGGAAGUGAGAAUGAUUGCAAUGGAGAAUCAGAUGAGAAUUAGGUUUAACCCUUUAUUUUUACUUUAUAAUCACAUUUUUCCUAAUCUCUUGUGUUAAUAAUGACGACAAAUGUAAAUACAGAAUACGUAUAUAUUUUGUAAUUCUAGAAACCAUGGGGAAUUAGGGAGUUCAAAAUUGAAAUUCAAGAAUGUCCUGAAGGUUGCUUAUUUUGCUAAGACUAUAUAUCUGAUUGCAAAUUAUGGAAUCAUAUUGCAUCAUAUUGGCAAAACUCAAUUAACUCAGAAGGAUGGCUAAUUGAUAACAAUCAAUUACUUACUUCAAGUUUUUGUGCUGGCAUCCAGAUUGCAGGUGGAACUAAUAUUCUGUAAUAAGGACAGAGUAUUAAAAAAGUCAUUCAAAAUGUUCCAAAUCACUUUAAAAUUUAGAUAGUUCUUAAACUUUGGGUAAUGGGAAUUACAUAGAGUUAAAAUUUAAAUUUAAAAAUUGGUGAGUAAGGUUGGUAUACUAAAAUAGAUGCUCAGUAUACAUUAGCUAUUGAAUGUGUAAAUUCACAAUAAGUGAAUAUCUAUAAUAUAGCCUUAAAUAUAGAUCAUUCAUCUCCUGAAAUAGAAUUUAAAAUGUUUAUAGAGAAUAAUAAACCACAAAUUCAAUUUUGGGGUGUUUCAUCAUUUGAUUUAUACGUUGCUUAAUGUUCAAUUGGUUGUGAAGAAUGUAAUGAAGGAUUAGAAACCUAAUGCAGUAAUUGUUUAAAAAAAUGGGGACUUAAAGAUGGUAAAUGUAUUCCUGGUAUAAAUUGAUAUAAAUUCAAUAAGCUCCUCCAUUAGAAUAUACUAAUAUUAGAAUCUAUUAAUCAUAAGGUUUAAAAAUAAAUUUUAUUAAUUCAUUUUAAUUGUACAUCCAGGAAUUAGAUCAAACUAUUACUACAAUUGGUUAGAACAAACUAAUUAUAGAUAAGAGUAUUAUAUUUAGCUCUUUUUUAAUUUCAGUUAAAUGUUAAGAUAAAAUGAAAAUUGAAAGCUUUUUUAGAAAUUGUAACUAAUGUGAUAAUGAUUAAAUUUCUUUUUCAAAUUAUUGUCUUAAUGAAAGUAACAUUGUAAAUUUCAGUGUAAUAUUUGCGGAUACUGUUUAAUCUGAAAAAGAAUUAAUAAUUAAUAUUUCACAAACUAAAGUAGAAAUUCUAUAGGUAAUAUUAUAGAAUGGUAUUGAAACUGAAGUUCAGAUAAUGAAAAUUGAAUUAUGA